UUGUCUUUUCUCUUUCUGUUUUCAGUCUGUGUAGAUGCAGAAUUACAGAGAAACAGUGUCUCAUCCUGACUUCAGCUCUGAAAUCAAACCCAUCACACCUGAGAGAACUGGACCUGAGCAGGAAUAAACUAGGAGACUCUGGAGUGAAAAACCUCAGUGAUCUACUGAUGAACACACAAUUCAAGCUGGAGAAACUAGAGUUAAGCAACUGUGAAAUGACAGAUGAAGGUUGUUCUGCUGUGACUUCAGCUCUAAAAUCAAACCCAUCACACCUGAGAGAACUGAACCUGAGCAGUAAUAAACUAGGAGACUCUGGAGUGAAAAACCUCAGUGAUCUACUGAUGAACACACAAUUCAAGCUGGAGAAACUAGAUCUGUGUGGAUGCAGAAUUACAGAGAAACAGUGUCUCAUCCUGACUUCAGCUCUGAAAUCAAACCCAUCACACCUGAGAGAUUUGAACCUGAGCAGGAAUAAAAUAAAAAACACAGGAGUGAAUCACUUAUGUGACAUACUGAAGGAUUCACACUGUAAACUGGAGAGAUUGAGGCUUUCAGACUGCAGUAUCACUGAAGAAGGUUAUAAAGCUCUGGCUUCAGCUCUGAGAUCAAACCCUUCACACCUGAUAGAGCUGGAUCUCACAGGAAAUGAUCCUGGACAAUCAGGAGUGAAGGAGCUCAAUGAUUUACUACAUGAUGAACUCUGUUCAUUAAAGACCAUCAGGUUUUUGAAAAGUCCUGCUGCAGAGGAAGCAUGUGAGUAUCUCACUGGAGUUUUGGGUAAAAGUCCAUUACUACUGAAAAAACUGGAUCUGAGUGGAGAUAAAUUAGGAGAUCUGGAUGGGGAGAAACUCUCUGCUCUUUUGAUGGACUCUCAUAGCAAACUGGAGAAAAUAAUGCUGAAUAAUUGUGAGCUGACAGAGAAAAGCUGUUCAGUUCUAGCUACUGUUCUCUCCUCCAAAACCAUCCUGAAAGAGAUGAACCUGAACAACAGUAAUCUGCUGGAUUCAGGAGUCAAAGAGAUCUGUGAGGGACUGAAGAAUCCUGUGUGUGAGCUGAAGAUACUGAA